AAAUUUAACAUAAAACAAAUUUAUAACUGAUUUAUGUCGAAUUAUGUUGUUUUGUUUUUAUCUGACUGAUUGUCAAAAAUAAAGAGCAUGACGCAUUCUAGUACGGAAGUUUUAGUAAACAAAAAUAAAUUUAUUAAAAUUAAAAAAUAUGAGUGAUCCAAGACGAAAAGUCAUGAAAGAAGCAGUAUGCCUGCUUGUAGCAGAGGCUGGGUUUUCAAGUGCAACUGAUGAAAGUCUGGAAACACUCACAGAAAUGCUGAUUGGAUUGAUGACAGAAAUGGCUACACAGACAAGAAACUAUGCUGAAUUAGCAGGAAGGACACAAUCAGUCGUUGGCGAUGUUGUUAUGGGAUUAAUAAGCAUGGGACUCAGUUAUAAAGAUUUAGAUAAAUACGCUUUUAGAGAGAAUAGACCCACAGCAAGAGGAUUAAACACAAAUCAACCGCAAAAACCACUUCAGAUCCUUCAAGCUGGAACUAAACCAUCAUAUCCAGUUCAUAUUCCAAAUCAUUUACCGCCUUUGCCUGAUCCACAUGCCUACAUUCGAACACCGACUUAUAAACAGCCUGAAACAGAAUAUGAAGCAAUUAGAGAGAAAUCUGCGAAUCAAAAAAGAGAUAUUGAGAAGGCACUGACCAAGUUUUUGGCUAAAACAGCUAAAGAAACUCACAAUCUAUUCGAUAAUGAGGAAGUCCAAAUGUUUCCAUUAAUAGCCAGCAAGCCAACAUCAGUUCCUGCUUACAUUACAGCACUAAACCCAUCAGAUCAAAUAUUUGAUUUCGAAGAACUGGAAUAUUAUUAUCAAGUAGCAAACAGAAAGCCAGACAAUGACGAAAUGGAAUCAGAAAUAGAAGAGAAAAGAGAAGAUGAAGAAUCACAGUCACCACCCAAAAAGCGUAAAAAUAAGAAAUCCAAUGAUUUUAAAAAAGAACCAGACUCAGUAGCUACAACAAGACCUCCAACACCUGUAGAAAUUAAGCCUCCACCUCCUCCACCCGAGCCACAAGAAAAAGUCAUCGAUAAUCCAUUCUUAAAAUUGAAAAAGCCAACAACCUAGAUGUUAUUACUAUAAAAAUUUUAUUCAUCCAUUGCUUACAG